AUGGGCUCUUCUAAGAAGAAGCCGUCUUUACCUCGCUUGACCACCAACAUUCCCCUACUACAGAAACCAACCAAUGCAUCAUGCAAUACUUUGCUACCCAAGACCCUUCCGGAUGCCAGUGUACCCCCGAUCAUCAUGCCAGAGAGGCCGGCAAGAACCUCAUCACUUUUCAAGGAGGACAAGCACGAUGAGGAGAAUAUCGUGCCCGUCACGCGUUUUGCGUCAGAGAGCAUGCCUGUCUAUCUUCCCCAGAAAAGUGUGGACGAUUCGCCGGUAACAAAGAUGAAGAAAUUGUACUACGAAGAUGCAUUUACGGCUCGUGGAUCGCACAACUCCCCCAAGGACCGUGUGACCCAUGAAUCGGUGGUUGUCGUUGAGCUCAAGACCAACACCAAGCCAAAGGAUAAUAUAUCCAAGUUACUGUCGGAUUUCGCCCACUCCCUUGCUCAGGUCUACCAGCGCCCGGAGACAUCAAUGCUAGUCACCAUUGACCAGAACGCUGACUUGCUUUUUGGAACUACCUCCGGUUCUGCAUAUCUCUUGAAGGUUACUGCUCUCUCGAGUUUGAUCGGACCCCUCACCAACCUCCGUAACACGGGCCUAAUCCAAUCAAUCAUCCAGGAAAUGUUUGGAAUUGCGCCUGACAAAGGAGUGGUGAUCUAUAUGCCCGCGAGUGAAGACAAUAUUGCAACAAAUGGGACGACCGCCAGGAGUGAGAUCGACCGCCUCGAACGAAUUAAUUCCAGCAAUAACUCUUCGAUCUUCAAGUCUCUCUCGCGAUCCAUGAGUCGUCGCAUGAAAUCGAGCAGUGGAAACAGUAUUCCGAUUUCCCUCACUUCAGUUCUGAGUCCUGACGUCGCAACCCCUACUUCAACUUCUCCUAUGGCUUUUGCUUCAGAUCAGGCCCCUCCGCUGAGGCCAAACCAAGCAGACGACAAAAAGCCAAUACAAUCACCAAAUGGGGAACGGACCCAGCAGGUCUCAUCCAAAGACGAGAAACCUGAACGAGCCUUAAAGAAGAGAGAGAGCUUGAAGAGUUUUGUUAACCGUCGCUUGGGCGAGUUGGGCGAGCUGACUACAAUGAAACCAUUCACAGAUACAAAGGGAAAGAAGGAUUGA